GUGCCAUUCAAUAAAUUAUAUAGUGUAAAUUAUUAUAUUCAAUUUUUUUACGAUGCCUAGAUCGCCUAGAUCAUCAAGAUCAUCAUAUCAUCAAAGUAGCAAACGAUCUCGAUAUUCUUCAGAUUCAGAUGACUAUCGCCGUAAACAUAGAGCUUCUGAUGUAAAAAAGCAUAAAAAACAAUCGAAACAUUAUAGAUAUAAAGAUAAAAGCCGAGGAAGAGGAAAAAAAUCAGAAUCAAGUGAUUACUCAGAUAGUUCUUCUAAUAGUAGUCUAAAAAAUGCUAAACAAUCAAAGGUCAAAAAAGAAAUCAAACCUAUUAAGACUAAAGAGGAAAUUAAAAAGGAGAGGGAAAACGCGAAGCUGGAAGCGGAAAUGAAAAAACGUAGAGACAGGAUAGAAAAAUGGAGGCAGGAAAAGAAAAAACAAUCGCAAGAGGGCCUGGCUGAUAAUUCGCUGGAAGUUCAACCGGAUGACCUGGCUUCUAAAAGCACUUGGACCCUGGAAGACGACGAAGACGACGUCACGGAAAACGACGCCGAAAUGAAGGGAGAAGAAAAUGGCGAAGAAGCGGGAAAAGUGAUUAACGGAGAGUCUGACGCAAAUGAAGAGUCAGUUAAACCUGUGGCGGUGGUCAUGGAAACGAAUACGAUACAGCUAUUGGAGGAGAAGGAAGAGAUCGAGGUUGACCCCUUGGAUGCUUUUAUGGUGGGAAUCAAAGAAGAGGUCAAAAAAAUCAAACAAGCCGACAGAGCCAAAAUCAUUUCCCAAAAAACUGUCAUUCCUUCACCUAUCAAUCCCGCCAUUCUACCCAUCGAUCAGACAGAAUUCGAUAUCCCUUUACAAAUAGAGAAGCCAAUACCUGUAAUUAGACAACCCAUUCCCAAGUCUGUCAGGGGAGAAUUGAUGGAACAAGGAGAAGAUCUUUUGGAAUAUUCGUCUGAAGAGGAAGAGAUGAAUUACCACGAGAUGACGGCCAUGCUGAAUAGCAACUCUAACCAAAGCAAAUUAGACAAGUUCAUCACAUCUAUGGACAAAACAUACGUAGAAUACGAACCUUUCCAAAAAGAUUUUUACAAGGAAGUCCCAGAAAUUACCAAUAUGACUCCACAAGAGGUCGCCGAAUACCGAACUAAGCUAGAGGACAUCCAAGUCAGAGGCAAAAAUUGUCCCAGACCGAUUAAAACAUGGGCGCAAGCCGGUCUUUCAGUUCGAAUAAUAGACAUACUCAAAAAGUUGAACAUGACGACUCCCACUCCGAUUCAAACCCAAGCCUUACCCGCUAUAAUGAGUGGGCGGGACGUUAUAGCCAUAGCUAAAACUGGUAGCGGUAAAACUUUAGCCUUUCUCUUACCCCUUUUUAGGCAUAUAGCUCACCAAGAAUUACCGGGGGAAAACGAGGGACCUAUAGCUUUGAUAAUGACGCCGACCCGUGAAUUAGCCACUCAAAUUUAUAAGGAUGCCAGGAAAUUCGUCUCCAGAAUCAGCAAUCUGGGAGAAGUGGUUUGCAUAUAUGGCGGAGCGGGAAUCAGUGAACAAAUAGCCUCCCUGAAAAGGAGUCCAAGCAUCGUUGUUGCAACACCAGGGAGGAUGAUCGAUAUGCUCGCCUCUAACAGCGGUAAAGUUACAAAUCUCAAACGGAUAACUUAUUGCGUACUAGACGAAGCUGAUCGAAUGUUUGACAUGGGUUUCGAGCCACAAGUUAUGCGUAUAAUUGAAUUGGUCAGACCCGACCGACAGACCGUGCUACUUAGCGCCACUUUUCCCCGGCAGAUGGAAGCCCUGGCCCGUAGAAUACUGAAGAAGCCUAUCGAAAUUCAAGUGGGUAGUCGUUCCGUCGUUACCGACACCGUUCAACAAAACAUACUCGUCAUGGAGAACGAUCAACAAAAAUACCUCAAACUCCUCGAAAUUUUAGGGCACUUUUACGGGGAUCGCCCACCCGCUCGCAACCAAACAUCCGAAAAUGCCGCCAAUCCGCUCAGCAUAACCCGCUUCUUGAAAUCGGAUAAGACCGAGCAUACCGUAAGCGAUCGAAACAUGCAGCUGGCGAUUAUUCCCGGUAACCAGAUAAGCCAAUGGCGGGAGCCCAGUAAGAUUUUAGUGUUCGUGGAGAAGCAGGAGAGGGCCGACGAAUUGCUCAAAAAUCUCAUAACUACGGCCGGUUAUUCUUGCCUCGCGCUCCACGGCGGACUUGAUCAGGCUGACAGGGACAGCGUUAUAAGCGAUUUCAAGGCGGGGCACGUGAAGAUACUGAUAGCCACUUCGAUAGCCGCUCGAGGAUUGGACGUCAAAAAUUUGGACGUGGUAGUAAAUUUCGAUUGCCCUAACCAUUACGAAGAUUACGUGCAUAGAUGCGGGAGAACGGGUCGGGCUGGCAAUAAAGGUUUUUCUUACACCUUUGUCACGGCUCAACAAGGCAAAAUGUCGGGGGAACUGAUCAAAGCCCUGGAGUUGGCUAAAACACCCGUUCCGGAAGCGUUGAUCAAGCUUUGGGAGAGUUACAAAGAGGAGCGGAAAGCGGCCGGUCACGAGGUCAAAGAGAGCUCAGGGGGAGACACCGUUUCGUCGACUGGGUUCGGUGGUCGCGGCUUUAAAUUCGACCGCACAGAGGAAAGGUUGGUCAAGGACGUCAAAAAACAGAUGAACCCGGAGGAGGAAGAUGAGUCGAAUCCUUCUCAGACCUUACCCGCUAACGUGGACCAUGCCCUGGAUCUAGUGUUCAAGGGGGAAUCGUCUAAAUCGCUCCUGUCACUCGACCCCUCAACUCGUCAAUCAACGAUUGCGGUCAACCAAGCGUACGACGGUGAUAGUUCUACCCCGUCGAAUCCCAAACUCGAGGCCGCCAAAGCCGCCGCCUCUAAGUUAGUACUAGGCGGAGCAGGGGGCGGACCGGAUUAUGUGCAAAGAGCCACGGAGGCGUUCAUGAAAGGAAAAGUGCAAGCCGAACCCAUAGAUUACGAGAAAAAACGUAAUAUGGCCGAACUUCUGGCUGAAAAACUUAACGCCAAAUUGAAUUAUUUGCCUUCCUCUUCCUCCUCCGAUGGCUUCCUGCUUCCUUCCUUGUUCAAUAAUCAAGGGGAUAACGUGGGCCUCCAAAUAACGGGGAGUUCCCUGGACCAGAAUGCCAAUAUACCCCACCUCAGUAAGUACGAAGAGGAGAUCGAAAUCAAUGAUCUGCCUCAGCAAUGCAGGUGGAAAAUCACUUCCAGGGACACUGUAAAUUACAUCAGCGAAUUUGCCGACGUGGGUAUAACUGUCAAAGGACAAUACGUGCACCCAACAACUAAUGUCAGCAAAAAAGGCAAGAAAUCCAAAGAUAAAAAAACCGUUAUAACGACCACCGGGACCGUUUUGGAAGUUCCCCCACCUCGCAAGCUUUACUUGGCUAUCGAGUCUAGCACUCCUUUCGGUGUUCAAUCCGCCAAGGCCGAAAUCAAGAGGUUCAUUAAAGAGGAAAUGGUCAAGAUGCAAACGAGUAUGACACAUUUAAACAAAGGCGGCAGAUACAAAUUAUUCUAAGGAACAGAAAAAAUUUCGCCAAGGAACGAUACAUAUUAUUUAUUUUUUUAAAAAAUUACUUUUCUCAUUUUAGGAAUUGGAUGAUUUGUUUAAGGAUUUUUAUAAUUUUUGUAAUUACAUAUUUAUAUGGUUAUAAAUGUUGUAUUGCACUUUAUUCUGAUAUUGUAAUAUAUG